CGAAACCGCCGUGUUUGCAUCAAAUUGUCAAAACCUUGUGCCCAGCCCUUACAAAAGAAGGCAUCCGCAGGGCAUUCCGUUUAGCUGACCGCAGUGUGCCACCCUCAAAGGCCUCACAAUGCAAGUGAAGCGCAUUCAAUCAGCGCAGCGUGUCCUGGAGCUGCUAAUUCUGCCGACAUGUCCCCGGAUGCUACCUGCACGCCGCUGCGGCAACCGCAGGGGGCUAACUGGGGGCGUGUGCAUGUGGGGCAGGAAGCGGUCGGUGCGUGCUGGACGUCGGUGUGGACUGCGGAGUCCGGGUUUGAGACACCGGUCAAACAACCGCCUUGACCAACCGCCACACGCUGCAUGCGGCGCCAAUGCCGAUCAGGUGGCGCACAUCCGGCUGGCUGCGAGUCUUCAAGCGACGACAGCACCUGUUACUCACAGGCAAAGCUGCUUUCGAGAUUCGUGAUCCACCUAACUUAUUUAGCGCACAGCACAGAGCAACCCCUGCAAGCCCUCACGCUUUCCCGCGCUAUCGCGUGGGCGCUUGCCGCGCGGCCUUAGUAGCGCUCCCGGCUGAGCCAUGGCUACCCUAGACGAUCCUCCGUUUCUGCCAGGACCCAUGGAUAUGGAGCUGGCUCGCAUCAGGGCGGACCAGGCCACCGCCAAGUUCCUGCCCGAGCUGCUCAACAGCCGCGAGUUUUGCGAGCGCUACGAGAUCCGCCGCAGGCCCUCAGCCUGCGCGCGCUUUACAUCCGGCCUGUUCUGGGUGCUCGCCGGCGCGGCGGUGAUGCUGCUUGCGGUGCUGGCGCUCCCGCAGCUGCUGCUCCUGCUGGGCGGCGAUGUGGGUCGGGCGCUGUCGACCCGCAGCAGCAACGGCGCGCCUGCCGCGGCGUGGCCCGCCGCAGCCCAGCAACUGUCGCAGCAGCACCUUCCCAACCCGCACCCGUACCAGAACCCUUCGCCCCACAGUUCUGCUGGCCAGCACGCUCUGGGAGGUGGAGUCGCAGCGAGGGUGGCGGGCGCGUCUGUGGCUGUGACCCGUAUGCUGGAAGCGUUUGGUGUGCAGCCCGGCGCUCGACCCAACAACCCUCACCCCGAGUCCACUGCUCAGCAGCCGGCGGCUCCGCGGGGUGCCGGAGCGCCCCCUGCCGACCAGAUGUCGUGGAGUGAGGGCGCCGAGGCCGACCCGCCUGCCCCGGAUGCCCCCACACCGCCGUCUUCGCCCCCGCCGCCGUCACCGCCCUCUCCUCCGACCGGCACCGCAGCGGCAGCACCGCACAGCACCGAUCCAACUGCAAAGACUGAUCCCGUGGAUGACCCCGACCCAGUUCACAGCCUGGCGCAGGAGAGGCCUGCACAGACGGCACACCAUCGCCACACGGCACCGCCUGUCCCCAAGCCGGCGCCGCCGCCGCUGACACCACCACCCACCUCAUCGCCGCUGUCUGUCACAUCUCUGGAGCUUCGCUUCGCCUGCUGGCAGUUGCAGCCGCCGGCGCUGAGGCAGCAGAUGGAGCCUGCGGUGCCGCGCACCGCCGUGCCCAACGCAGACGUCGCCGCCGCCGCCGCGGCCCCAGUGGCGCCGCAGCCAUCACCUUCAGCGGCACCCAGAAUUCGAGCGCCGAGACCGCUGCUGGCUGCGUUUGUCGUCGUGUCGGGACUGCUGGUGCUUACGCUCGCCAUGCUGGUAACCAUUGCUGUCAGUCUGGCGGCCCCGCUGGCAGACUGCCUCGCUGUGGUGCUGCCGGCGGCUGGCAUUUCUGACAGCCCCACUGAGGCCGACCCAGAUGAGAGCAAGACCCCUUCCGCCGAUGCAUCCGCUAUCCCACCUCAUAGCACCGAUGCCAGCACCAGCACAGUGACCGAGACGUCAGCGGUCAGCGCGGCUGACCCGCUGGCCCAGCCGCUGCCCAGAUCCGACAGCCACUCCGGCCUCAACCCCGCUGCGCGCCCCCAGCAGCUCCAGGCCGGCGGGUGCUCGCCCGUCGCGCACUCACCCAUGGAGUCGACCGCAGCCAGCGGUGGCACCUGGAGCUCACGCAGCGGAGGUGUAGGCGAGGACGGCGAAGAUCGCGCGCAGCCGUACACCGCAGCAGCGACCUGCGCGGGCCAGUCUGCAGCCCGGAUCAAGGCGCUGGCAGAGGAGGCUGGUGAGCAGGCGUCGGACACCACGCCAGCCACGAAGUGGGCUAAGCUUGAGACUCCAAGCCGCGCGCCGUCAUUCCGCGACCAGCUGCUGCCGCUGCCUGAGGCGUUUGCGGUACGCAGCGUGGCUGCUCGUGUGGAGCCCCAGUCAGCGGCGCUUCAGCCCCAGACAGCUACGCCGCAGCUCCAGGCCAGCGAUCGACAGACCACUCCGCACAGGCAGGAGCUGUCCACCCCAUCUGCUGGCGCGGCCACUUCUGGCAGCGCCGCGACCAGCACCAGCACCGGCAGCCGCAGCCGCCUGCCUUCGGUGCUGCGGCCGCUGGUGGCCUACGGCGGCACGCCAGUCUCCCAGCCGCCUGCCGCCGGUGGCACGGGUGCAGCCUGUGCUGCGGCCACCCCAGGCGCUGUGAGCGACGGGGCGUCACCUCCACUGGACGCGACCUCAACAGCCGCGCCGUGGCCCUUCGUGUACCCUGACUCGGUGGAGCGGGCCCGCCUCACCGCCACCCCGACCGCCUCCACCACGUCCACUAGCGGAAGCGAGGGCGUGCGCGCCGCAGCAGCAGCUGCGGCUGCGGCGGCUCUGACGCCUGCCGUGUGGUUUGGCACGGCCGCACUGGCAGGACCUGCUAGCGUCGCUGACGAUUCCGACCAUCCCAUCUUUGACCUCUCCCAUUAUGACAUGAAUGGUGACGAGCUUCCUUCACCCUCACCCUCCACCGCGUGGCUGCCACCGCGGCUGUCGGUGCUGCCUCGUACUGCUGCCGAGGAGCUGGCGGCUGUCAGUGGAGGCGCGAGCGCGGCGGCCGACGGCGGUGCAGGCCGGCCUCCGCCCCAGCACCGCUGGCGCCUGGCCAAGAAGGCCGUGUCCCUGAAGCUGCAUGCCGCCCGCCGCACCGCCACUGACACCUCAGCCCACCGCGACAGCCACAACGCUGACUCCGUCAGCGGCGGCAGUGGCUCUGGCGGCAGUGGCGGUGGAUUGGCUAGUGGUGCCGCCGUCAAUGCAGCUCUGCAGGCGGCGGCUGAUGCAGCUGACCAGAUUGUAGAGACUCCACGUCUGGCUCCCGCUACUGAGCAGCAGCUGCAGCUGCAGCGCGGGCCUUCGCUGACGCUGCAGCUGUCGGAGGCAGUGGAGAUGGAGACACCUGUUUGGCCGCCGCUGUAUGGUAGGCAGGCGCGCGGCGCUGGCGCUGUGGCGGCAGCCGCCGACCCUGCUGAGGGUGAGGGUGGCGGCGCCUGUGGAGAUGGCGAGGGUGGUGAUGACGUGGAGUCCAGCGGCCACUUCGCUGCAGAGGCCCUCACCCUGGCUGACUGCCUGAGUGCGGCCCGCGGCAGCCGCGGCGGCUGUGCCACGCCGGUCGCAGCCGCCGCCGCUUCUGCUGCUGCAGUUGCAGCUGCAGCAGUAGGCGAGAUGAGUCCCCUGGGCGCCUGGUCUUCCUUUGGGCAGCCAGCCGACCUUUGCAACGACCGGGCCGUGCCAGGUGUCCUGCAUCGCCACGUGCCGCGCUACGUGCCUGUCCCCAUCGCCGCUGCAGCCCACUCGCCCAGCAUUUCUUCAGUGCUGCCGGCUGCGCUCCACCGCGCGCCUGAGCUGGACCGUGAGCACGUGGCCGCAGCGGCUGCGGCGGUGGCCACGCUGCAGUCGCUCAAGCACUCCGCGCGGCGCCUGGUGGAGGCGACACGUGCCGGUAGCUAUUGGCGGCCGCAGGACGGGCCCGAGUCAGCAGGGGGUGCCGACGCUGACCAGGAGCUGCGCAUGGCGCAGACCGAGCUGCAUGCCGCCGCGUCACAGCUGAAGCAGCUGCGGCUCUCUGCCCCCAGCGGCUCUGCGCCGCCAGCAGCGGCACCUGCCCGCAAGGCCCUGGCCUUUACGCCGGCUGCGACUCCGUUCGCCGCCGCUGCCGCUGCCGCCGCCAAGAUGCCGCGCCGCCCGCUCGCUGACAUCUCAGCUGGCGCUGGCAGCACCCCCGCUGGGGCGCCUGGCUGGGUUGACAAUCGCAGCAGUGACAGCUGGGCCAGCAUCGGCAUUCGCGGAUUGCCGCACGAGGCGCGUGAGAUUGCGGCAGGCGAUGGCGAUGGCAGCGGCGCGGAAAGCGCCAGCGACAGCUUCCUCGUCACGCCGGCGCCGCGUGCGCCGCCGGUGGCCCCGCUGCCCAUCCGGCGCAGCAAGAUUCCCCUGCUGACCCCGGCGUCGGAGUCAGCUGGCGCCGCUGCCACGUCACCACCGGUGGCCUCGAUGCCGCAGCUGCACCUGGGCACUGCGGCUGUGGACGUCAGCACAGCAGCGACUCCCGGGGCUGCUUGGGUGUACGCUGCCGGCACCCCCAGUGCCAGUGCCGACAGCACUGGAGGGCUGUCAUCCAUCCUUGCGGAGGUGGCGGCAGCGGCAGCAGCCAAGGCGAAGCAGUUGGGCCGCAAACGCCUGACAGACCUGGUGUCUCCUGGUGACAGCGCCUCAAGUGGCGAGGGAGGACGUGUUCGCUCUGGGCUGCCGCGCUUGGUGCCAUGGCCGGUGCUCACAGCAACUGGGUCGCAGCAGACCAGGCCGCCGGCACCAGCCCCAACGCCAGACAGCGGCACAAGAGCAGCACCCGCUAUCCCGUUUGCUCGCAGCAACCUGACUAGCAGCGUCGAGCAGGUGCAGGACCUCAUCUGCGGCGAUGACGGCGGCGGCAGCGCCCGCAGCAGCAGCGACGGCAGCUCUAGCGCCGCUGACUCCAACAAGGAGAAUUGCGAGCCGCCGGCACACGAGUCACCCCGGCGUCGCUCCAGCUCCUCCCCUGCGUCCUCCUCGCCUGCCUCCUUCCACCUGGCGGGCCACGAGCUGCCCUCGGACGCCGAGGUGCAGGCCUUCCUGGCCGCCACUGCCCUCAGCCAGUCCCCGGCAGACGCUGCAGCGGCGGCCUCGUCGCCGCCGCUGAGCCCGCUGGAGAGCCUGCUGCGCGUGCUGCCCGCUGCGGUGGAGGUGCUGGUGGUGCAGCUGUGCGCUUUGGCGGACCUGGCGGCGGAGCGACAGCGCGAGGUGCUGGCGUGGCACUACCAGGCAAACGCAUGCACCGUGCCGCUGCCCUUCCUAGCGGAUUCCGGUGCAGCCCAGGCAGCACCGUGCACCGCGGCUGCCACCGCGGCAGCUGAGCAGCGGUCUCCCAUAUCUGGUGACACCUUCACGGCGCCCUCUCACGACGCAGCACCAGUCCCUGCCGACGUCACCGCGGUGGCUGCAGCUGCUGCAGCGGGUGGCGGGCUGGUCGCCACGGCGCGCUGCAACUCGGCUGAGGGCCGGGCGCUUGCGCUCAUUGGCCGCCUGGUGGACGAGCUGCUCAUGGUGCCGUCCGCGGAGGGACUGGCGCUGGAGCUGCAGGCGCAGGCGCAGCAGCAUGAGCAGGCGCAGCAGCAGCUGCAUGCACAGGACCUGUUCGAGGUGGCAGAGGAGCCGCAGGUUCAGGAGCAGCCAGCGGAGGCUGAUGAUGCGCGGGAGGCGCAGCGCGAGGAGGAGGAGGCGGAGGAGGUGGAGGGCUGCAGCAGCAGCGUCGGAUCGGUGGCUGAACCCAGUGACGGCAACCGGGCCGUUGCGGACAAGAGCGAGGAGGAGCCACGCCAGCAGUCAGCCCAGCUUGACUCGGCGGUACCUGAGCACCCACAGCAGCUGGCGCAGCCGGAGCCGCAGGCUCCAGCUGAUGGCUAUGCCGGCCUGACGACGGCCUUCCUGUCAUAUCUGGAGGAGGAGGACGCCUUCAGCCUGUGGAGCCCCUCCAACGCGGCCGCAGCGCUGUACCACGAGUGGGCCGCGGAGACGCCCUCAGCGGCUGCGGCGGACAGGGCGGCCGGCCCUAGUCCGCCGUCCUCAAUCGCGGACCUGAUGCUGUUGCUUCCGGUGGACGAGCACACCAGCAAGGCCACGCCCCAGAGCAGCAGCGGCAGCUGCGAUGCCGGCGGCGCCGGCAUGAGCGGCACCGCCACGGCUGCCCCGCCGUCUCCCGAGCCGCGCCGCGGUGACCACGACAGCGGCGGCGGUGCGUACCUGCGCAGCGUUGCACGCGCUCGCGCCGCUGCUGGCGAGGAGGUGGAGUGGCAGGAGGGUGGGCAGGACGACAACGACGAGGAGGAGCUGGGCGACUGGGAUGCCGGCAGUCGUGUGGGUGCGUGGGCACCCGGCACCUUUCCGCAUAGCAACGCCCCCACACCGGAGAGCACGUACCCGUACCUGCACGGCGCCGCCGCUGCUGCAGCUGCUGCCACCAUGGCCAUGCCGGACUUUGUGAGCGCUGCCGGCAGCAACGGUGAGGACGCGAGCCCUGGCGACUCCGCCAUCGGGGAACAGGCGGCAACGCCGGUGGGGCCACGCCUGCGCGUGUUUGCGGGCAUGGAGGCCAACCUUCCCCAGGUGCCCGGGGCCCCAUUGGCGGAUGAGGAGCUGGAGGCAGCUGCUCCGCCCGAGGACAGCGGUGUGACCACGGAGCCACCGAUUGACUGGGCCUUUGCUGCAGCUGAUUACGCGGAUGUGAUGACGCCGCGGGACAUGAGCUCGGAGGGCAGUGAGGCAGGAGGACUGCUCCCGUUUAGCUACAGCGCGGCGGCGCUGGCCGCGUGGAGCCCCAUGCCGGACACGCCGGGGUCGCAGCGCGCGCUGUGGCGCCCGCGCUUGCCAGGCAGCGCGGAUGCGUGAAGGACAAGUGCCUGUCGUGGCUGGUGUGCAGAUGGAGAUGUAGCAAGGCUCUUGACUAGUCGACUUUUCAUUACGAGAGGGAGGAUACCCGAUCAAGGAUUCAAGGGUGCCCUGGUCGACGUUUGUGAACGACGGGGAAUAACAGGUCAAGGAUAUCCUGGCCUAGUAGCGGAUGCGCUGCUUGCCCAGACAACGCGCUUUGGAACCAGGUGUGACUCCUGGUGCGCUUACUCCGGCUGUGG